AUGCUCCCCUCGGGGGCCAGCCCUGGAACCCCGGACCGUUUCACGGUGUUGGCGGAUGCGGAGGACGUGGUGCUUAAACAGCGGCCCCAAGUGGAACGCAUCUUCCAAGUGCAGCUGAGUGUCCUUGAGAAGACCUGCCCGGGGAGCCCCCACAUCUGGCUGCAGCUGGAGGGACCCCGAGAGAAUGUGGGCAGAGCCAAGGAGUACCUGAAAGGCCUUUGCAACCCAGAGGUGUGGGAGGAAGUCAGCUACCCUGCUGCCCUGCAUUGUGUCUUCUUUGGAGCUGGGGGUCUCUUCCUGGACUGCCUGUGCUGGGGUACUUCAGCCCACAUCAUGCCCCAAGCCCCAGGCUCUUUGUUACUGGGGGGCCUGACUGAAGCCUUUGUCAUGGCCCAGAGCAGUGUGGAAGACCUUUUAGAGCAAUUUAGGCAGAGUGAUCGAUGGUGGUUGCAGUUCAGUAUUCCCAGGGAACAGGUGAUUCAGGACUUCAAGGCCCUGGUUGGAAGCUAUGGGGAUGAACACUCCAGGGCUCUGCUGAAUUUGCCUGUUUCCAUUCAGAAGUGGCUGCUGAACUUGGCAGGAGAGGCUGGUAGGAGGCAAGGGCUGCCAGAACCUCCCCUGGGGCAAGAGCAGAGGCCUGUUUGUUUUGGGAAUGAAGAUCUUGGUGACUGGAGGGACCCUGUCAGAAAGACUCAGAGUCAGGGCAGGGAGGUUGGGGAGGGUGACACUAUCUCACUGGGCACCAGGUCUGUGGACCAGGAAGGGAUUAAGAGAGGGGCUGCUUCUAGGGAAAGGUGCCUGCCUUCCGAUCCUGGAAAUAGAGACUGGGGAGGACAGGACUUCAUGGGAGAGGUGGAUUCCAGAAGGAAUGGAGAAUUGGUCAGGGAAAAAGACUGGCAUAUACCGAAGCCCUCUGGACAGAGAAACUUGGAGAGACCAGGGAGUCCCAGGGACAGAUUACCUAGGUCAAGGAACUGGGACAGGGAAGAGAUCCUUAAGGAGAGAAACUGGGUGGAGGAUGGGUACCUUGGGGAGAGAGAUUGGAAUAGGGAGUGUCUGGCUAUGGGGAGAGACUGGGAUAGAGAGGGACACUUUGGGCAGAGGGAUUGUGGAAAAGGGGGACAUAAUAGAGAGCAGGACCUGGACAAAGUAUGGCAUCUGGAAGAAAUGGGCUUGAAAAGAGAGGAGCUGCCUGGGGAGGUGUCUCAAGACUCACAUGCUGUUGAGCCUGACUUCCUCCUGAGGGCCAUCCAAGAUUCGAUGGAUUCCUAUGGCCAUUCUCCUCAGGCAGUGGUGGGUGACCAACAGUGGAGGGCUCCAGUAACGCCCUUCUUUCAGCUCAACAAUGGAGAAGCCUCCCCACCACUGGGGCCCAACCUUCUACGUGGGCCACAACCCACAUGGCUUGUGUCUCCAGAAUCUGGGGAUGGGCAGGCAGUGGGGCUCCAGGGUGGGCAGGGGCCUCCGAAGGGUGGCACCAUUGGUGGCAGCUGUGAGGUGACCAAAACCCAGCGCUUCUUAGAGUCCUUGAAGACCCCAUUUUCCUUGAACCUCAAUAACGUACCUGGUGCAACAGGUCUUCGACAUGUUAUCAUCGAUGGCAGCAAUAUAGCCAUGAUCCACGGGCUCCAGCAUUUCUUCUCCUGCCGGGGCAUCGCCUUGGCCGUGCAAUAUUUCUGGGAUCGGGGGCACCGGGAGGUCACUGUCUUUGUGCCUCAGUGGCGCCUUAAGAAGGAUUCCAAGGUCAAAGAACGUCAUUUCCUGACUAAACUACAGUCCCUCAGCCUGCUCUCUGUCACCCCCUCUCGAGUUGUGGAUGGGAAGAGGAUUACCUCCUAUGAUGACAGGUUCAUGGUGAAGCUGGCAGAAGAAACUGAUGGUAUUAUCGUUACCAAUGACCAGUUCCGAGAUUUGUCAGAUGUGUCUGUGAAAUGGGCAGAAAUCAUCAGAUUGCGUCUGCUGCCUUUCACUUUUGUGGGGAACAUCUUCAUGGUCCCAGAUGACCCAUUGGGGCGUGAGGGCCCCACCCUGGAUGAGUUCCUCAAGAAACCAACUCGACCACGAUCUCAGCCUCGAUCCCACACCAUGGGUCUGACAGAAUUUGAAAUUCAGCCAAAGCAGCAGGAACAAAAGGAGGAUGAUGAGGGAGGUCAUGGUUUACGAAGGGUGAGAGAGACUGAGCAGCUCCGGCACAAGCUGCUGGAGGUGUUUUGGGGACAGGACCAUAAGGUGGACUUCAUCCUACAACGGAACCCUUCUAAUAGGGACCUCAACCAGCUCUCAGAGGCCCUGCUCAGUCUGAACUUCUGAGUCCAGUGAAUGAGGGUGAGGUGGAUCCUAGAGAUCUGGACUGUUGGGUCUUACUUCUGGUUUACAAGUGAGGUAUGGGGAACCAUGGGCAAAGUGGAGGGGCAGGAAUCAGGGGCCUCUUUUCCCCUUGGCAGGCCUGACUGGCUUCAGAUGGAGAGAAUGCUAGCUAGGUUUCUAGGAACACUGGAGGAAUACUAGAUUUUGCCAAACCCUGGAAGUCUUAAUGUUUUGUGAGAUGGAUUAUACAGGGACACAGCAGGAAGUAGUGAAAAUUGUACUGGUCUAGGAAUUUAGAAAUUUGAAGCCUGGGUCUAGUACUCUUUGCAAAGGUGUACUCAAGGACCUUUAGGCUAAGCCUCAACUUUUAAUUUCUCCACCAGUAAGAUGGAAAUAAAAGUAACUGUUGAGGAGAAAGGGCUUUGAGUUCUACCAUUUCCAAAUAUUGUUAUCAGCCAGUUCACAUGGUUCCUUCAUUUAGAUACUUUUUUUUUUUUUUUUUUUUUUGCUCUCCAAAUGGGUCCCAAGAUCUCAGAUUGACUUCUUAGUGUUAGGAGUCCCAGGUUAUUUCCUCUUUUAGACAACCCCUAGAUCAAAUGUUCCUAUAGUUGCAUUUGGGUAUAUGUGUGAUAAUUCAGUUUAUCAAAAUAUUUUCAGGGUUCAUUUAAAAAGGCAGCUUUUAUCUAGGGUAUGUUUGCUUAUUGAUCAUUAACUUGACUGUGUGGCUGUAGUUAAACUUGCAGAAGUCUUAGGGAGCCACAAUCAGUUGAAUGAAAAUAAAAACAUCUCUGAAAUGAUCACAGGUUAUCAUUUGACUUACUAAAAUCUAUAUGUAGGAACACACCUGUAUUAUGGAUGGGGUGUGCAUGUGUAAUGGUGUAUGUGUAUAAACAAUAGGGCUGUCACCUGAUUGUAAUCCAUUUACUUGAAAGAGUGGCCAAAGCUGGUUAUCAGAUGAUUAACUUCUCUUCGAAUGGGAUGAUGAUAAGGGAUUGAAAACCAGAGGUAGAGGUUCCUGUUUUAUUCACCCCUACCCUGGAGAUCCUUCCUGGUUUUUCUACCUUAGCUAUCAUUUGGAAUCACCUUGGCUCUACCUCAGGUGCUAAGGACCCUGGGAAACUGAAUUGAUUGUAAUACUGCUUCAGGUACCUGGGUCACCUCUUGGUUUCUCUGUCCCUAGGGAAAUCUUGAAUGCCUUACAAACUGACACUUCCCAUUUAAGGUCUAGAUAGUUUCAGUGCUUUAUUUAUAACAUUUAAAGCUUUAUUGUUCUUGUAAUUCUUACAAAAUAAAAUGUAUAUUAACAACUAUCCCGAUAAGGGCUGGACUAUAACUACCUGGAGCUUUGAAUGAUCAACCCACAGAAAGAAUCUUGUUAUAAACAGUAUUUGUAAAUAUCAGUUCUUUUCUAGCCUCAUUUUAAUUCAGGCUUUAUGGUAUGUUGGGUUUCUGUUCUGGCUCCCCUUUGGGACUGUGGACAAGUUACUUAACCUGAGCUUCAUCUUUCUCAUCUAUAAAAUGAGGAUUACUUUCGAUCCUCUCAUGGAAGUAUAGGGAUAAAAGAACUUUAUAUAACUCACAGACUAAAUAUGGGUUUUCAUUCUUUGUCUAGGAGAGGUAGUCUCAUUAGUGACAUCAUUGCUUCUAGGACAACUAAAAGUUCUCUGGAAGAGAAAGGGAUUUUUGAUUAGUAUUUGCAAAAAAGAGCAACAAAGGGAAUUUAGAAGGCAAAAAAAAAUAAUAUGCAAUAU